GGAAGAAGAAGAAGAAGAAACAUCUCUGAGAGGAGGGGGGUUUAUUCUGAAACUCUCCGCAGGAAGAGACUUGACGCUGGUCGAGGGGAGUUUACAAGGAGAGAAAUAUCUGGUCCACACGGAGAGGACAGACUUCCCGAGACAGACUGCGGGUCCAGCGGAGGACUGAGUGACCGUCAGCCGGGACACGGAUGGCUCGGCCGCUGCUGGACGUUUAGUAUGAGGCUGUGCGGCGGGAAACGGCCGGGAGACACCUACAGUCACACCUACAGUCACACCUACAGUCACAGCUACAGUCAAAACUACAGUCACCGCUACAGUCACUGCUACAACAGGAAGAAGAGGCAGAGAGCCGCCCGGUGACGGUUAUUUACUGCAGCAGCAGAAGAAGAAGAAGAAGAAGAUGAAGAUGGGAGGAAGAGUGGAGCUGCUGGAGAUCUGCUGCCUGCUGCUGCUGCUGAGCGGAAACUCUCAAUGCAGAGACUCCCAGACUGAACACCUCUCCUCCUAUCAGCUGACUGUCCCUCGACCAAUAGGAGGCCGGCUGAGGAGGGAAGUACACGGCGAGCCGCCCAGUCAGGUCUCCUAUAUGAUCAGCGUGGACGGACGUGAUCAUGUGGUUCACCUGGAGAGAAACCAACUGCUGCUUCCUGCAGACUUCACUGUGUUCUCCUACAGUCAGAACGGAUCCCUGCUGACAUCCAGACCACCUGUCCAGAAUCACUGUCACUAUCAGGGCUUCGUUCAGGACAUGGAGGGUUCCUCUGUCGCCAUGAGCAUCUGCAACGGCCUCAGAGGAGUGUUGCACCUUUCUGACGACAGUUACGGUAUUGAGCCGCUAGACUCCGCCCCCGACCAGCACCUGGUGUACCGCCUGCGGGAUGUGACAUCACAGCCCCGGGGGUGCGGAACACCGCACGACGAGCACGGCCACAACAACGCCACAGAGCACGCUCAGUACGAAGCAGAGGAGAUCCACCACAGACAGCACAGCAGGAGGAAGCGAGCUAUUCUCCAUCAGACGCACUAUGUAGAGCUGCUGCUGGUGGUCGACUACGAGAGGUAUAAUUUUAUGAACAGGAAUGAGACAGCAGUGAGGGAGGAGAUGGUUCAUCUGGCCAACUUCAUAGACAGUAUCUACAUGCAGCUGAAUGUGAGGGUGGUCCUGGUGGGUCUGGAGAUCUGGACUCAGCAGAACCGGAUCAACACUGACGGAGCAGCCGGAGAAGUGCUGAGUCGCUUCACCCAGUGGAGAGAGAAGGACUUGGUUCCCCGCCGCCGCCAUGACUCAGCACAACUCAUCCUGAAGAAGAGUUUUGGGAUGACGGCAGGAAUGGCGUUCGUCUCCACCGUCUGCUCCAGAAGUCACGGCGGCGGGAUCAACGCGUUCACCGGCAGCAACAUUCCCUCGUUCGCCUCCAUCGUGGCUCAUGAGCUCGGUCACAACCUCGGGAUGAACCAUGACGACGGACGAACCUGCAGCUGCCCCACCGCCGCCUGCAUCAUGCACUCUGGAGCCACAGGAUCCAGAAACUUCAGCAGCUGCAGCGCUGAUGACUUUGAGAAGAUGAUCUUGUUGACGGGGGGAACGUGUCUCCUGAACGUCCCGCGGCCUGAUGAGGCCUACAGCGCCCCCUACUGCGGGAACAGACUGGUGGAUGUCGGAGAGGAGUGUGACUGCGGAUCCCAGAAGGAGUGUGAGGACGACCCCUGCUGUGAGUAUCAGACCUGUAAACUGAAGUCUGGAGCUCAGUGCGCCUACGGCGAGUGCUGCAAGAACUGUCAGUUCCUACCUGGAGGAUCAGUGUGUCGCUCCAGCACAGAUGAGUGUGAUCUACCUGAGUACUGUAACGGCUCUUCGCCUCUCUGUCAGAGCGACGUGUUCGUCCAGAACGGGCAGCUGUGCAGGAACCAGCAGGCCUUCUGUUACAACGGGAAGUGUCAGCACGCCGACGGACAGUGCCAGGCCAUAUUCGGACCCAAGGCGAAGGCGGCUCCUGAGAUCUGUUUUAAAGAGGUCAACAGUAAAGGCGAUCGCUUUGGAAACUGCGGCUACCACAACUACGGCUACAGGAAGUGUGAGAGCAGAAACGCUCUGUGCGGGAAGCUGCAGUGCUCCAACGUUCACGCGGUGACGGUGUUCGGCAUCGAACCGUCGAUCAUCACCACGCCGAUCGCAGGAGGCAAAUGUUACGGAGUCGACUUCAUGCUGGGAUCAGACGUCCCCGACCCGGGUAUGGUGAACGAAGGAACCAAGUGUGGAGACAACAAGGUCUGUAUGAACUUUGAGUGUCGCAGCGCCGAUGUCCUGAACUACGACUGCGACGUGGAGAAGAAGUGUCACGGACACGGGGUGUGCAACAGCAACAAGAACUGUCACUGUGACAACGGCUGGGCUCCGCCCCACUGUGAGGUCAAAGGUUACGGCGGCAGCGUGGACAGCGGGCCCACCUGGAACGAUAAAGACACGUCUCUCAGAGACGGGCUGCUGGUCUUCUUCUUCCUGGUUCUUCCUCUGCUCGCUCUGGGCGCGUUCGCUUUCCUGCACAGGAAUGAGCUGCUGCGACGACUCGGGCUGAGCCGCAGGAAGCGGUCGCAGGGAUACCAGGCCGAUGCUGCAGCUUCAUCCAAUCCCAGCAGAGGACCGCCUCCCAGAGCGCAGCCUCCAUCUGUUGCCCGCGGCAACGCCAACAACAUCGUCAAAGACGGACAUCACGCUCAGCUACUGCCACCACAGGAGGUGGUGCAGACCAGCCGGACAGCUUCCUCCUACAUUGCGAGGCCUCCUCCUCCUCCGCUGAAACCCAAACCAUCUGCUGCAUCACAGCCUCUGGUGCCUCAAAGACCUGCCCCUCCUCCACCUGUUUAACCAGUAAGGUGGCCCCGCCCACCACACCUGGAUGACACACCUCCUCCUCUUCUUCCUUUUCAACCUCAGUCCCCACCCACUCAGAGCUGGUUACCUAGCAACAGCCAGGAAAUAAUUCCGGAGCCAAGAUGGCAGACAGCCGGCCCUGAAGUCUGCCAGGGCCGGACUACAAACUGGACCCAGCCGGACUGGACUGGAUUUACCAGAACCAACAGGAAGUGAAGCAUCACUGCUCUCUACUGUCUUUACUUCUUUUAUUCAAGUGCAGUCAGCUGACACAGCUCAGCUCACAUCAGGAGACAUGUUGUCCUCUCUGUCAACAAACCAGCCAAUCAUAUUUCCCCAGUAGCUUCCUGUGACAUCAACAAGCCGCACGCUGGAUAAACGAGUCACUACUGAACCAAAAAUGUGUUUAUCACCACCAACAUUUUGUAUCCCUGACCUGCGUUACUAAUGACUGCUGUCAGUUAUUUAGCAUGCUAGCUGGCUAACUAGCAUUUGCUGGCUAAAGGCUAACACACACAUAUAGGUGGUGUCACGUAGCGUCGCAUCAGUUGACGUCCAUAACAGACAUCAGGCGCGUCAGAUGUGAGGCUGGAUUAAUAUCUACAAUCAGAAAACAACAACGAACUGAACAAAGACGCCAUCUGAAGACAUGUUUUCAUAUCAGAGAUGAAGAGCAUCACACACAUCUGCCCUCUGAUAAAACAUAUCUGACAUAACAACAAACAGAACAACGAUGACGAAAAACAACAAGCAGCUGCUUAAUAACCCUCACACGUGUUUUAAUUCAAUUCUAUUCAAUUAAAUUCAAUUUGGUUUAUAUAGCGCCAAAUCACAACAAAAGCCAUCUCAGGGCACUUUUCACAUAGAGCA